UCUCCCCUGUCCCUAUCCCUAAGCCCAAGAAAACUAGUCAUUCUCUUUGGUAGGCUUUCUUCUCAGGAACUUAACCUCGCCAACUACCGCGAACGGAAGCUUUUUGACCUAUGAGGGAUCCGUAAAACCUCGCGAUACGCGGAGCUCGCGGGGAAGCUGUCAUGGCUGCGCCUGUAUAGAACCACGGGGUUCUGACCUCAGGAAAACAACGGCAUGUCUUCUCUUUCACUCAUAGAAGUGGCAUUUGUGUUACAUAGACUACUUUAAAGCGAGUUGAAAGUGUUUGAGUGGAUAGCAAAAUGAUGAACAGAGCAAAUUCCUUUUUAUGGAACCUCAGACAAGUCAGUACUUUCGUUCCAACAAGCAGAACUAUGAGGCUGUAUCCUUUGGGAUUUUCCAGACCCAGAAUUGUUUUUUCAUACAAUUCAAACCUAAGAAACCUUCUCUUAAGUGACUUUGGCAACAGAGUGCAGUCAUCUAUUAGGUACCUUUUUCAGGAUGCCUUAGUUUUUAAAUCAAGAGACGACUUUCAAACAAAGGGCGUAAGCACUGAAACAGUCCUUACAGUUAGCAGAGGGCUUUGUCCUAGAAGACUCUCCUUUGAUUCAAAACACUCUCUUUUCUCUGACGAGGGAUUGAAGAUAAACUUUCAUCACGAGGCCUCCGAUGAAAGUGUUCUCACCAAGGAAACAAAACCAACCCCUGUCAACUAUAGAAAACUGUCUCGGGAGUGUAGUUCUCUGAGUGAUGUGUUAGAUACAUUUUCAGAAGCAUCUACUUUUCCCAGUAGUAACUAUAUUUCAGCAAUGUGGACCAUUGCCAAAAGGAUGUCUGAUGACCAGAAACGCAUUGAGAAACAACUGAUGUUUAACCACCCUGCAUUUAGCCAACUGUGUGAACAAGUGAUGAGAGAAGCCAAGAUCAUGCACUGUGACCACCUGCUGUUCAGUCUCCAUGCUGUAGUGAAGCUGGGAAUUCCUCAGAACAGUCUGCUGGUACAGACUUUGCUGAGAGUGGUCCAGGAACGUAUCAAUGAGUGUGAUGAGAAAUGUCUUUCAGUUUUGUCAACUGUUUUAGAGGCAAUGGAGCCAUGCAAGAAUGUGGAUGUUCUUCGAGCAGGAGUGCGGAUACUAGCCGAUCAGCAAGUCUGGAAAAUUGAACGUGUCUUCACAUUACAAGCUGUGAUGAAAUGUGUUGGAAAAGACGCACCAAUUGCUCUUAAAAGGAAACUGGAGAUGAAAGCCUUGAGAGAAUUAGACAGGUUUUCCGAUUUGAAUAGCCAGCACAUGUUUGAGGCUUUAGCUGCCAUGAAUCACCGCUCUAUUACACUUCUGAAUGAAUGCAGUAAGAUGGUCAUAGGUAAUAUCCAUGGGUGUCCUUUUAAAGUAUUGAUCAACAUACUGCAGUCUUGCAGAGACCUCCGAUACCGUAAUUUAGAUCUUUUUAAGGGAAUAGCAGAUUAUGUGGCUACAACUAUUGACAUCUGGAAGUUAAAACAAGUUCUCUUUCUCCUCAUUUUACUUGAAGACCUUGGCUUCCGACAUACUGAUUUGAUGGACUUGUUCAUGAAAAAAGUGAUAGAUGAUCCUGCUUCUCUAAACAUGAAAAGCAUUAUCUCUAUUCUUCACGUGUAUUCUUCUCUCAAUCACUUCUACAAAUGCCAGACCCAAGAGUUCCAGGAAGCUAUGGCUCAUUCUCUGACUGGUUACCUUCACCACAUCUCUUCUGAAAACCUCUUGAAAGCUGUGUCUUCAUUUUGCUUGAUGAACCAUUUUCCCCUGGCCCUUAUUAAUCAGCUUCUCCAAAAGGACAUCAUCAAUGAGCUGCUGACAUCAGGUGACAUAGAGAGGAACGUUCACAAGCUUCGUAUUUUGGCCGCUUGCCUAAAACUUGAUACUUCUUGUCCCAAGGCCGUAGACUUAGCGCUGCCGCCGCUGCCUUCCACACCGCUAUCUCCAAACGCGAAGGUGGCAGACGCACUAAGUAGCCUCCUGGGAGAAGGAUACUUCUUAAGAAAUGUACAGUUGCCACAUAAUUACCAUAUCGAUUUUGAAGUCAGAAUGGAUAUUAACAGGAGUCAAGUGCUUCCAUUUUCCCAUAUGGAUGCGGUAACUUCUGCUGCAGAUAUUCAAAGAGUAGCUGUGCUGUGUGUUCCUAGAUCUACUUACUGUUUGGAUUUAACCCACCCCAGAGGAUUCCUUGCUAUGAAAAUGCGGCAUUUGAAAGUAAUGGGUUUUCAUGUAAUCUUGGUCCAUAACUGGGAGAUAGAAAGACUGCAGAUGAAGGAUGUAGUCACGUUUUUGAAGACUGAACUCUAUUCAGCUGAAGCCUUUCCUACUGCUGAUGUAAAUCUGCAAAGCACGUGUUAAAAUGGAAGCCGCCUUUUCAUAUUGGGAGACGUAAAUUUGUAAAAUAACUUUAAUAAAGGCUGCAAUUCAGUUGUCA